CGGCAUUCAGAUGACAACAACUGGCAUGGAACGUUGGCAGAAUCGUGUGGCUGUGGUGACUGGAGCCAGCUCCGGCAUUGGAGCCACCCUAACAAGGCAGCUCGUCGCAUCGGGCAUGAUCGUGGUGGCGCUGGCUCGGCGUGUGCCACGACUGGAGGAGCUGCGCGAGCAGCUGCCCGACGAUCAGCGCAGCCGGAUGCGCAUCCGGCAAUGCGAUGUGACGAGCGUCGAGUCGGUGGACAGCGCCUUCGAUUGGAUCGAGACGGAGCUGGGCGGUGCGGACAUCCUGAUCAACAAUGCCGGCAAGCUAGAAGGCGGCCAGCUGGCGACCAUGUCGCUGGACACCGUGCAGCAGAUUCUGCAGACGAACGUCAUGGGCGUCGUCUCCUGCACACAGCGCGUCUUUCAAUCGCUGCGCAAGCGCAAGACCCAGGGCCAUGUGGUGAUCAUGAACAGCAUCGUGGGCCACUACCUGUUCAAUCCGCUGCCCGGCAGCCUGCAGGAGCUGAACAUUUAUCCGGCCACGAAGCACGCACUGACCGCCAUCACAGAGCUGCUGCGUCAGGAGUUUCGCGACUUCAAGACGCAUAUCAAGGUCACGAGCAUCAGUCCCGGCCUGGUGGACACGGAAAUGGUGCCGCAGUCCUACAAGCGUCUGCCCCUGCUGCAGCCCGAGGAUGUGGCCAAUGCCAUCAUGUAUGCCCUGGCCACGCCACCCCACGUCCAGGUGCACGAGCUGACCCUCAAGCCAAUGGGUGAACCGUUCUAUGUGCCGUCGACUGGGCAGACCCCAUAUAUAAAGGCUUCGAGGCGGACCAGAGUCAGUUGCCCAAUUGCUCCGUUCAGCGGCGCACAAAGCACACAAGAAGAAGAAGUAGCAGGAGAAGGCAUAGAAGAAGAGGAAGCUAAAUAUCAAAACUCAAUUCAAUUCCCAAUCAUCGUAAGAGAGCGAAGCAUGGAGCGCUGGCAGAAUCGUGUAGCUGUGGUGACCGGCGCCAGUUCGGGCAUCGGCGCUGCCCUGGCCAAGGAGCUGGUGCGUGCCGGAGUCAUUGUGGUUGGGCUGGCGCGUCGCGUGGAGCGCGUCGAGGCACUGAAGGAGGAGCUGCCCGACGAGCUGCAGUCGCACCUGCAUGCGGUCAAGUGCGAUGUGGGCGUGGAGGCGUCCGUUGCGGAGGCCUUCGAUUGGAUCGAGGCGGAGCUGGGCGGCAUUGAUAUACUGGUGAACAACGCGGGGCUGCUCUACUCCGGCCAGCUGCUGACCAUGCCGGUGGAGCAGCUGCAGCACGUGCUGCAGGUGAACUUGAUGGGCGUGGUCUACUGCACCCAGCGCGCCUUUCGCUCCAUGCAGCAGCGCGACGUGGCCGGCCAUGUGGUGCUCAUCAACAGCCUCACCGGGCACCACAUCAUCCAUCCGCCCAGCGAGUCGCUGCAGACCCUCAACAUGUAUCCGGUGACCAAGCACGGCAUCACGGCACUCCUCGAGAUUAUGCGCCAGGAGAUGAGCGGCCUCAAGACGCAGAUCAAAGUAACGAGCAUCAGCCCGGGCGUGACACGCACCGAGAUCCUGCCCGGCGACUACAACAUUCUGCCCAUGCUGCAGCCGGAGGACAUUGCGGCCGGCAUUAUGUACGCCCUGGCCACGCCGCCCCACGUCCAGGUGCAUCAGCUGACCAUCAAGCCGAUCGGCGAGCCCUUCUAAGCCCCUCAGCUGCUCAGUAAUAAAAAUACACGACUCCUGCUGCUGCUGCAGCGGCAGGCGGACAGACAGGUGGCGCAGCUGCCUUGUCUCUGAAAA